CGAUUUGAUUUGGUUUUACAAAUACCUCUACAAUUCCAAACAAUAAGCCUGGCUUUUAAAGGUGUUAUGCAUUGAGCAACGCCUCCCCGGGAUAAUGACCAACCAGAGAUGUUUAAUUACAUGUAACCUUGUAACAAAGGCCAGAACAUUCUGAUAAAGUUGCUAAGCAACAGUGUUGGUCGGCUUUCUGUCAGAUUAAAAGUUUUAAAUUGCCGUAUAUUAAACAGCCUGCGUUCAUCGAUGGUUCUAAAACCCGUUCGCGAAGUGAGAAAUAAAGAUUCAAUGUAAAUACAAAAGGAUUGUGACGCCGAUUGACGGAAAUGCUCCUCUGUCUCCUUCUUAAAGGACUUAUUUACUUUGCUGCCAAUUUCUAUUUGGCAACGUCGAAGGCAAACCCCUCUGAUGAGUCAAGACUGGUACAAAAAUUAUUUGCAAACUACAAGAAAAGCAUGCGCCCAGCUGCAACUGCUACAGCUCCUGUCAAAGUCUCAUUUGAUUUAUCGCUGAGACAAGUAAUGGAUUUUGAUGAGAAAAACCAAGUCGUCACCUGGAAUCUUUGGGCAAGACAGGUGUGGCAAGAUUUUAGACUUCAAUGGAACGAGAGUGAGUUUGCGGUAGAUUGGCUGGUACUGAACCCCAUGACAAUCUGGGUUCCAGACAUCUAUCUUUAUAACAAUGCACAAGAAAAUUACCGUGGAUUUGAUUUCGACAUAGAAGAUGGCGUAUUUGUCCGGCCUAGCGGUACAGUCCAUUGGUCCACUCGACUCAUUCUUAGAUCCACGUGCAUUUUCAGCGCAAAGUAUUUCCCAUUUGAUGAACAGAAUUGUCCAUUGCAAUUUGGUUCUUGGAGCUAUACUGGAAAUCACUUGAACCUGACCCUUGCCCGUUCGCAUGGAGAUUUGAGUAUGGCUUCUGCCAAUGGGGAGUGGCACGUAGUAGAUUUUAAAGCUGUUAGAGAUGUAGUAUACUACAGCUGUUGUCCGGAGCCUUAUCCAAGCGUCACAUACACACUGCAAGUUCGCAGAAGAUCGAUGUUCUACAUUUACAGCUUCAUGGUCCCAAGUUUGGUUAUCACUCUGCUCUCGGUACUUGCAUUUUUCUUGCCACACAGGUAUGGUGAGAGGGUGAAUCUUUUGAUCACGUGUCUACUCUCUUUAACGGUUUAUUCUCUCAUGAUAUCGGACAUGACACCAGAAAACCCCGAGGGUACCCCACUUUUUAGCAAGUUCAUGAUUGCAAUUUUAGCAGAAAUAAGCAUUGCUAUCAUGCUUAUUUGUCUGAUUAUCGACGUUGAAGGAAAGUCAUCCCUUCCACCAAAAUUUGUGCGAUUAUUCCUAAAUAAAGGUCUCGGCUGGCUGUUUGGACUGUCCCCUGGAUUCAGAAGAUCCCGUAAAGUAGAGGAUGCUGGCACUAUAGACGCAAUGAAAUACAAACAGGAGGACCAUCCUGACGUCAUCGAGAAUCAAUUUAUGGAAGAAACAAAACAAACAGAGUUUACACAUGACAAUCCGCUUGAUAUCUUGAGCUACAACGAAGAGACCGAAGAUGAUAUACAGGAUACCCCAAAGCCUUUUCCAACGUUAUCAAGCAAAUUUAAGGAUGAAUUCCUGGUAUUACUCAAAGAUAUGAGCAGUCAGUUAAAAGAUGAGAUUAGAAGCGAGGAAAUAACAAACGAAAGACAACAGUUAGCAUGGGUAAUAGAUAAAUUUUUGCAUUUUGCAUUUGCCCUUGUUGUCGUAAUGACUCUUGUUGCUAUACUUAUCAUUCCACCUGAGGUCCAUUUAUAGAAUGAAGUAAUGAUUUUCAAAUGAAUGAGUAAGUAAAUUAAUCGCUGAAUAAAUGCAUUUAUGAAAUCACAAUAUAUGUCAUUGAUUUGCCUGACAAAUUGCAUAGACUGGAAUAAUUUUAGCUCAUUGCAUUGACAACUGCGUUGUAACUGUAUUUUCGCUUGUGAUAAUGUUGUAAAAGAGAUGUCCUUAUCUUUGACGAGCGUGUUUGAAAAGGCCCUCCAUACCAGGCUUGAUAGCAUUAACAGAAAGCAAAAUGUAUCCUAUAUUUAAACCUGGGAAAUGUUAGGGAAAUGUUGGUAUCGGCAGCAGAUAUAUCAGUGUUGAGAUGUUUGGUGUGGGGAACAAACUCUCGAAACUAUUGAUCCGUCUAAUUUUGAAGAUGCAUAAGUCAGAAGGUACAAUCACUGCCAAAAUUACUUGGAAUACCCAACACUUUGCGCUGUGCUUGUCUUUUUUCAUUUGUUUUCCCGAAUACAACUACUUCCGUCCCCCUUUCCCCCCAAAACAAUGUUGAAAGUAUAGAAAAAUAUCAUAUAAAGGCACACGAAAAAGCGUACUCCACAACCCCUUCCUUUUUUCUAUAUUAAAUCAACAUUGUUCCUAAGGGGAGAUGGGGGUGGCUGAAUUUGCCUUUGAAAACUGACGUUAGUGUUCCAGAAAGACUUUUGGCAGUGAUUGUAGCCUAAAGAAAGACAAGUGUACAAUUCAACAAAUAUUUGCAGCUUGCAGCUGAAUCUAAAUUGAACCCUUAUAAUUCGAAUAAUAAUUUCAAAUACAUUAUUUGAUUAUUACUCUACUUCUCCCUUUUCUGGAGGUGCAACUUAUUUUUGCAUAUUGAUUUGAAAGAUCUUUUAGAAAUUAGAGCUUCACCCUUUUGUAAAGCCCAGUUCAAACGAACUGAACAUUUCACGGGGCAACGCUCAACAUGCCUGCUCAGUAAAAAGUUCAGUUCAUUUGACCAUUUGCUCAGCUUUGCUCAGCCCUGCUCAGAGAUGUUCGACGGCGAUAAAAAAUGUUGAGAGAGUAAUUAAACAUUUCUUUUGUUCGGGGUGUUGCUGAGCGAUGCUCAGUUUGUUUGACCACCCCACUGAACUUUGCUCAACUCGCGCAUGCCUAGCUCGUGCGUUGAAUUCAAGUUUCGCCCCAAGAAUACAUUGAGAGUUUUGUUGACAUUCUGCUUUCUAAAAGCUUGCCAUUUUGACAACAUUAAGAAGGCUAGACAUCUUUUGUGAAACCAGAUAAUUUUUGCUGACGCGCGAAGCUCGGAGCUCUUAUUUUUGGACAAUUUGAGGCUCGGGUACUCUUAAUGUUUCUUCUGAUUUCAACAUUUUUUCUACAAAUGCAUACUAUUAGACCACUAAAUAACUCGUUUGCAAGCUAUUUUUAGCACCACUGACGAUUAGCUGAUAAAAUCUGCUCAGUUCUGUUUACACGAAAAUUUUCAAAAACGCAUUGUUUUUCUACUAGUUUUUGAUCUGAGGCUGGUCAUGUUCCCACGUUUUUUCGCAAAUCGAGCCUUGUUGUAAUUAUCAAGAAAAGCCUAAUAAAGCGUGAUCUAAUAAUAAGUCUCGAUUUGUGCAUGAUAUGAAACACAUUCACUGAUUGGUACUGUGAAUGUCUAUCAAUUGAGCACGCACAGUUUUCUAUUCUAUCGUGAACACUAUUGUCCUACAGGGAAGAUCGUUGAUUAUCUAUUGUUUAAGAUUGUUUAAGAAUUUCUGGCUCGCUACUUCACACCUGGGCUUUUAAGGGUUUGAUAGAAAUGAUCAGAAAACGAAACAAAGAUUUUGAUGUGCAGAAACAAAGUCCAAUGGAGGGAAGGAAAUUGUUUACAGUUUGUGUGAAAUGCUUAGUUUUUAGGGCCUCAAUAACAGUAUGUAUUUAAUUAUUAGCAUAAUUAAUGAAAAUCAAGUCAUUGCAAUGUUAUGAAUAUCUUUUUUUCGUGACGUUUGCUUAAUUUGCUGUAAAUGUUAGAAAUGUAAGUUCAUUCGUUGCAGCGUGGUUGGAACAAAACUCAUGACUAAAACUUAGGCCGGGUCUGUGAAUUAUAGUCGCAAAGCGUGCCGGUUGCGCAGAAGCCUUUAAAGAUUCUUUCGAAACGCAGAGGAAGUCUUUAGUUUGUUUGACAAUCGCAAUUUGGCAGUCCAUUUGAUGGAGUAAUGAAAGCCAAAGAUCCUGUCGCCGUUUUUUUCCGAAACACAAAGUUAGACAAAUUACUUGGUUGAAAGAUUUUAGAAGGCUUUUUAGAGUGCAUAUUCAUUUUGCGAUUGAUAUGUUGCGCGUGCGGUUAAGAUUUAGUCUGAUACAGGACCAGGAAAAGUAUGCUAUGAAUUUUCUAGCCCCGGAAACCUCAUCCACGAUUCCUCAAACCUGAAAACCGCAAACCUGAAAUAAAUGUGGGCUAAAGUGUUUAUUUGGCUACUUGCAGUUCCCUUUUGUAAUUGGUUUUUUCGUUCAAUGAUGCAGUCAAGAAAAUGAUUUUUCGUCCGGGUUGUGAACUCAAGUGUAACCAAAUCUCAACGAGAAUUGCUUGACCUUCCAACUGAAUAGUAAGAAAAUAUAUACAAUAAGCAGGAAUUUGAACAUACUCUUCUCCAUCAUAAUUCCAUGUUUGGCUAACUUGAUAAGGCUGCGACACCCCAACCCUACGCCGCUCUCAUUUGGUGUCUCUGGGGUCAUUAUUGCGCUUAGGAUUAAAGGUAAUAUUUCACAAUUGGUAACCACUCAUUAACAAAUAAACGUUGCGAUCCUUGGUAAGUUGCUUUAUUAAAUUCCACAGAAUAAGAUUAUAUGGAUAAAUCUAGAUAUUCAGUAGUUCAGCAGUAGUAUAUAGCUGUGAAUGAUGAGCAGUAAGCUUCUGGCAGUUUAUUUUUAUAUGGAUACUAUCAAUACUACAAUUUUCUACAAGGUUUCUUUGUUUCAUCUUAUCCUCUGUUAGAAAUGUAUUGUAGCUACCAACUUUUUGUGAGUAUUCAGUGGCCAUUACUAAGUUUGGCAUAGAAUAUGAAUGGAAAGAAUAUAUUGAUUUUGGAUCAUGCAUAACAUCAAUUAAAACUUUUUAGUUUGUGCAGGUUGCCGUCUCUUCCCAAAAUGUUAUUCACAUCAUCUCUAACAGCCUUUUUUUCUCAAACUUCAUUAUUGUUUAAUGCUCAUGAGUGCAAACAUUUGUCCAAUUAAAGGACCAAACCAAAGCGCCGCACUAUCAAACAUUAUUAGAAAGCAGAAUCGAGCUAGGGCCUAGUACGUUUUCUUUUCAGAGUAUCAGGUUGGGCACCAAUCUCAGCCUGGCGAUGAUGGUGGGUUCAGAGCACCCUUGAAGGAGGGGCAGUUAGUAGUGGGGGCGCUGAAAAAUUUUUCAAAAAUUGAUGACGAGAGUACGCUGUAUACAACAAUUUCAGAUCCAUUUUCGGCACAAACAACAUAACUUUGAGGUAAUUCUUAAAGCAAAUUAACCUAUCGGUCUCAGGAACUUUUUCACCUGAUUCUCAUUCUUCAAAAGGGGCGCACAAUUUCCAAAAAGGGGCACCAGACUUGCUUCAACUCGUAGAGGGAGGGGCAACUGCCCCUAGUUGCCCCCCUUAAAUCCGCCACUGGCCUGACGAUGUCAGUCGGGUCUCCACUACGCAACUUGCUUCUAGGCAUAUUAAGUAUUGAUCCCAAACUACAGAUAACCAUUGUUUAGAAUUAUCGACAAUUUCAAACAUGCUUUGAGAUGUAACAAUAAUCAAAGUGACGUCAUAAAAUGAUUGCAUGUCUACGGGUAGCUAGCAAAAGGCUUCUUAAGCACCUGCCUUUUCUCACAUAAAGUGAGAAAUCAUUCCAAUAAUAAUCCACGUUUUAAAGGUACCUUUAUUGUUCUGAUUUAUUGACAUUUUAGGUACCUCAUCUUUGGAAUUCUACCGAAAUCAAUCUUCAUUAAUGCUGCAGGGAAACAAGCACGAGAUUAACAUACCAUGUUUUUCUUUUAUUGGCAAACUCAAUCAAAAACCGAAGAGCUUCUAGCCCUAUUCAGAAAUAUUCUUAAAUUACGAUAUCACCUGACAUUGUUCCUGCCCUUGAUGUGUUUAUCAUAGGUACAAUGCCUGUCAAAAGUCUUGAAACACUAACGUCAGUUUUCAAAGGCAAAUUCAGACACCCCCUCUACCCCUAGGAACAAUGUUGAUUUACUACAGAAAAAAGAAGUAAAGUAUGAAGUAAGAUUUUUCUUGUCCCUUGUUUAAUAUUUUUCAAUGCUUUCAACAUUGUUUUGGGGGCAAGGGGGACGGAAGUAGUAGUAUUCGGGCAAAUAAGUGUAAAAUAGAAAAGCACAGCGCAAAGUGUUGGGGGUUCCAAGUAAUUCUGGCAGUGAUUGUUUAACAAAUAGCAUAGCUACACAUAGAACAAUAGCUAUACAGUGUAACAAAGAAUUUGCAAGCUUUUUAUACGCUGUGUUUUUAAUCAUUUUCACUGGAUGACACAAGACAAUAAGCAACAACAAUUUGUGUUGCAAUAUAGUUUUGGGAUUAUGAAAAAAUGGAAAUUUAGAAACUGUUGAGUACACAUGAAAAAGUUUUACCU